AUGUCUUAUCAAAAAGUUCAAAAUUUUAAAUGUCGAUGUCCACUUAUACAAACUGGUAUAUAUGGUCUUACUGAAUCUCAUCAAAUUCCAAAUAUUCCAUGUGAUCGUUCAUCAAAUGAUGUUUUUCUUAAUCAACAUCUUCAAUGGUAUCAUAAUUUUGAUAGUGUAUCAGCUCGAAAAUUAGUUCGUGCUAUAUGUAAUAAUAUCAAUCAAGAUGAACAUUUAUUUAGUAUAUAUGAACGAGUACUUAAACAAAAUAUAUCCGUUGAAAAUUAUAAAUGUAAAUGUCCACUAACACAAGAUGGUGUAUUUGGUUUAUCUGAUGAACAUGAUAUAACAAAUAUUCCAUGUGGACGAGCUGAAAAAGAAGUAUUAUGUUUUCAACAUUUACAAUUUCAUCAUAAUUUAUCUUCACGUGCAGCAAAAAAAAUUGUACUUGCUUUAGUAUCAUAUACUCCAACAAUAACUCGACUUUUUCAUCAUAAUGAUCAUAUAACACAAUCAAAAUGUGCUGUAAGAAAAGUUAAAAGUAAAUGUCCACUUUUAUCAAGACAUAUUUAUGGUCUAAGUGAUCAUCAUCAUGUACCAAAUAUACCCUGUGAUCGUGCUGAUCAACAUAUAUUUUUAUUUCAUCAUUUAACUUAUUUUCAUAAAUUAAAUGCUAAAGCAGCAACAAAAUUAAUACGAGCAUUAAUUAUAAAUCAAGAUCCAUGCGAAGCAUUAUUUCAUUCGAAUGAUAUUAUUGUUGUAUCAGAUCAAACAAUUCAUAAUCAACAAUAUAAAACAAAACGAUCGAAAAAAAUUAUUCCACAACAAAAAAGUUAUUCGGAAACUAUAUUAGAUUUUUCUACACAUUAUCAAAGUCUUCUUAAUGCAAUUAAUACUUCAAUAAAUAAAACUACAAAUGACAAUUUAGAUAAUAGUAUGAUGCCACUUGAUUGUAGUAAAUCGAAUCAACCAUCAUAUCAAUUAAAUUAUCCAUAUUCAACAAAUAAUAUGGCUCAUGCACAUGGUCUCGAUUUGAAUUCAUUCUUAACAUAA